AGAGAGAUGGAGAAGAGCGCGGCGGCCGGAGCAACAGCGGCGCCGACAGGGUGCUUCAAAUGCGGGAGGCCAGGCCACUGGUCGAGGGACUGCCCGUCCUCGGCUACAAAACCCUUCUCCUCAUCCUCCUUCUCCUCGAAUCCCCCACGCCAACCUCCGCUCGCCAAGCCCUCCUCCGCUGCUGCCGCCGCUGGUGGUACCAAGCCCACCAAGACGGCACCGCGCACCAGGCCUAAGCUCACUCCUGAUCUACUUCUCUCCGAGAAUGGCCUCGGCUACGUUCUACGCCACUUCCCUCGCUCCUUCAAGUACCAUGGCCGUGGUCAUGAGGUUAGUGAUCUAAGGAAUUUGAUUAAUUUGUAUGUUGAAUGGCACUCUCGAUUGAUCCCGUACUACUCUUUUGAUCAAUUUGUGCUCAAGCUUGAGAAAGUUGGCACUACCCGGAGGGUCAAGAGAUGCAUCUCAGAAUUAAGAGAGAGAAUUGCUAGAGGUGAGGAUCCCACAAAGCUGCAUGAACCACCAGUUGAACCUGUUGCUCCAGAUUGUGCAGAAGAUAUGGAACAAAUGGAUGCUAAUACCGAUGAGAGGGAUCCAACAAUAGAAGCUCAUGAUGUUGAUGAUAUACAAGAAGAAAUGUUUGAUGAAAUCUACCGGAAAGCUACUCAAGAUCCUAAUCAAUCUGUUAAUAGUAAUGAACCUGAGCUACCCUCCAAAAACACAAUGCAUGUAGAUUUAAAUCCAGUGGAAAGAUCUACAGAAGAAAUCCAAAAUCAAGUGACAAACAACAAUGCAGUUGAGGCUGACAAAAUACAGAUCACAGAAGAGCAAAGAGUUCGAAUGGAAGCAAACAGAUUGAAGGCAAUAGAAAGAGCUGCUGCGAGAGCUCGCCUUAGUCAAGCUUCUUGAGAAACAUCUGAAAAAGUUGUUUUGAAAUGUUCCUGAUUUGAGUGGCUAAGUAUUGUGUGUUUUUUGCAUGUGAGAUGUUUGUGUAUUGAGUUUCGGUGUUCGCUAAUUAUGUGAAAUUACAUCUUUGGUGCUAUGUAGAAAAAUAGGAAAACAUUUUACUGUUUUCCUAGUCAUUGGUUAGAUUGCGUUUUAUAGAUUACUGAGAAAAUUCUAGUUCAAACAAUGCAGGACAGAAAAGCAAGCACAUGGCAGCAGUACAUGAUAAUUAAUGUCGGCAACAAUGAACUGUGGAAUAUUCAUUUUUUUUUUUUUAUGAUCCCUAAUGUGCUGUUUGU